UCAGAGAGUGCGGAAAGGUCCCGAGAGGAGACGACGAGAGGUGUUCGCCGGGAAGAUUUCGCGCCGCCGCCGCACCCCUCGCCGGAGAUGGCGAUGACCGUGGAAGGCUCGCUGGACUUGCGUGUAUGUUCUCCACCAGCAUUCUUUUGCAAAUCCUGGCAUGUGCUCUGUACAACAACUGGUGGCCUAUGUUAGCAGCACUCAUGUACAUCAUUGUGCCCAUGCCAUGCCUGUUCUUCGGUGAUGGAUCCACACGGUUCUUGAGUAGCGGAGAGGGUGGAGCGUGGAUCAACGCUGCAAAGUUUCUGACUGGCGCGUCUGCCAUGGGAAGCCUCGCCAUCCCCGCGAUCCUGAGGCACGCUGGCCUGAUCGAGACCGGGGCCAUGUUCAUCGAGUUCACGUCCUUCUUCAUCCUCGUGUGCACGGUGCUGUGCUUCCACAGGGCCACCCUGGAGGAAGAAUGGUAAAGCCCGAUACUGCAAGGAGUACCAACCCCAGAAGAAGAAAGAAUUCCCUCUGUGGGAUCUAACGUGGAUCUGUGUACAAAGAAGCAUGUUCAAAGUGCAUGACUACUCUAUUUGUGUAUUAUUGUGCACGUUCUCGAGAUCUGUAAUCUAGUGGCGGCGAUGCUGUCUUAAUUAGCUUUUUUCUUGUGGAUGUAUCCGUGCCGACCCGACCGUGUGGAACAUACAUGAGAUCUGCUGCUGUUGACAUGUACUGUUUCUCUUUGGUUGGCUCCGCCACUUGCGUGGCGCACUGGGAGCCAGGCGAGAAGGUUUGUUUACAUUCUGCACUUAAUUCCAUGUGGCCCAGUCA